UCGUCCCAAGUUUUCGGGAGUUUCAGCGUCCCAAGAGCUGUCGGCACCCCGGGUGCCCAGUCUGGCGACCCCCUAGGCAACCCCCCAAUCCAGCCCCAGAACCUUCAGGCACCUCCUGAUGUCCCCGCCCCUUGGGUCCCCCUGGGAGCCCGAGGACUCCCCCAACUCCUCGACUUCCUGAAACUUCUGGGAACCCUCCACUGUCUCCCCAGGCCCGCAAGACCCCUGCCAUGGCCCGCUCGUACGGCGGCCGGGUGCUGGCCGCGAUGACCCUGCUGGGCAUUCCGGCGGCCGUGCUGGCGGCGCUGGCCGCGCAGCUGCUGUUCCAGCUGCAGGCGGGACGCGCUGAGCUGCGGGGACCGCGCGCCGACGGGCUGGGCCCUGAGCUGGGCACCAGCCCGGGGCUGCCCGAGGAUGCGGCCGGGGCGCUGCUGCCGCUGGCCGCCGCGCUGGCCGCGCUCGCCCUGGUGCUCGGCCUCACCUGCCUGCUGCUGGCGGCGCUCUGUGGCCACCUGGGCGCGGAGCUGGCGCGAGGACCCAGCCCCGGCAGGUCAGACUGGUUUCUCUACGACUGCCGCCUCCUCAGGCACGUGGCCCUCGGCCUGUUCUGCUGCGGGGUCUCCGUGUACUUAGCAGCGCUGUCCAUCUAUGCCCUGCUGCUUUUCGAGAUUGAGACCGGUGCAGCCGCCGCCUCCAUCCUCGGCUCUGGAGCCCUGGUUCUAGUGGCCAUUCUGACCCACACUCUGCUCCGGGCUGCCCGGGCCAGCCGCCGUGGCCUCCGUGAACUCUCGCCACGGUCCUUUGAGGAUCCCCCUGCACACCCUGCUGAAGCCUCCAAGGACAGCCCCAGAGCUCAGCCCCAGCAUGGUACCCUCCGUCAGACCCCCUAUUCAUCCUGCCUGGAGCCCGGGGAGCCCCUUAGGACCAUGGCCACUGCCACAGCACCCGCAGCCCUGGGGGGAGGCCGGGAGAGCAGACUCCCUGUGCCCCGAGUGCACCGGACACUGUCGGCUGGCCUGGGGCCCUGGGAGGGGGUCACUCAAGAGAUGCGUAGUAUGCUGGGCCACAGGCCAAGGGCCACAGGAAAGGACUCAACGCUGGUGUGAACCCGAGAAUCAGGGAUAGAUAACUGGUACAAGGUAGCAAGAAGAAGAUAUCAUAGAGCUAGGUCCAGCCUCAGCUGCAGUCACAGGAAGACUUGACUUCUCUUACAGUUCACAGCAUCCCUGGUUAUAGCCUUUAAGAUUUCCUCAUGGCACAAAAUAGCUGCAGGGCUCCAGCCUUUACUUCCCCACUAGAAGGGAAAGUCAAAGUCCAGGCCUGGCUCAGAGUCUUCUGGAAGUCUUCCUUAUGAGGCUUUGGGGCCCUUUUGCUUACUUCUUCCUAGCCAGGACAGAGUUCCAAGACCAGACCUCAAUUCAGGGGAGGUUGGGAAAUCUGGUUGCUCAGAAUGAAUGGUUCUGUAACAGGCAGAGUGGAGGCUGGGGCUUAGGAAGUGAUUCUCUAAGUGUCUCCAUCCAUUUUUCAGAUGAGGAAAUCGAGGCCCCAAGAGGGGCAGUGACUCACCAGAGGUCCCAGUUCUGAGCAUCAGAGCCAGGAUUCGCGCCUGGGUCUCGUAAGCCCCAUGCUGCUGACAGACAGCGCAAGCCUCAGAUCCCUCGAAACUCCCCACCCCCGCUGGGGCUGCGCCAGGCUCAGAGCAGCCCAAGGCCAGGGGCACGCGCGGAGGCUGGACCCCCACGCCUGGCUGCUGGCUGCUCUGUGCCUCAGUUUCCCUGUCCAUAAAAUGGGACUGAAAGCGACCCUUAUCUUCAGGCUGUCUAGAGACACCCGAGUCCAUGCAAGCCGUCUGGGGCCUGUGCACAGUAGGUCCUCAGCGCAUGUCAGCUAUUUCUGUGUUGCUGCGGGUGGGUGUACCUGGAGGUGGGAAAUGGCCGGAGACAAAGCCAAGAGGCUUACAGACCUGAUGGGGCUCAGUGUCAGAAGACGGGGACCAGGGGUCCAGACCCUCCCCCAUCUUGCACAUCCCCAAAUAAACUCCAGAGCUCAUGAUCUGUGUU